AUGGAAGGAAAUGAUACUGUGGAGGAGUACUAUUUAAAUAGACUAAGUUCCAAAGAUCUCGAGCAGCAACAGCAAUUUAAGAAAUUACAGGAGCAACAAAUAUAUCAGAGAAAUUCACAAGCUCAACAAAAUAUGUCUGUAGUAAAGAUAGUUCAAGCGGAACAAGCAAGUACCACGAAUGGACAGAAGAGAGUACGAAAUAAUAUGGAUGUUAUCAGUUAUAAACGAAUGAAGAGUUGA